AUGGCUUCUUCGCACGGUCCCUGGGAAAAUCCCGUGGAGGAACUCCCGCAGCGUUCCACUGUCCCAGGUAAUGCUUUGACGGCCACUGAACGAGGUUGCAGGGAAUCGGCCGACAUCUCACAUGGUCAUCAGACGCACCACCAGGUCGAUCGCGCCGUCAAGGACCUCAAUCUGAGAUCCAACAUCGGCGACUUCGUCCGUUUCGGAAAAUGUGUCUUGUAUUUCACUGCCGCACACGUGCUUUUGCUGGACCAGAAUACGGUAAAUCAACGGCAAUCACAGGAUGGUGACCUGAAUGACUUGGCCGGAUGCGAAUCCGAUUACUUCAGUGAAGACGACUCUGCCUACGAGUCUGAGGACGACGAUGGAUUCAUCGAUUAUUCAGCACUGAGCCAACAAAAUUCGUUACCUCCAGCGCAAGCCAUGACCAUUCGCGGACCAAAUUCGUCAUGUCAUAGUUCAUCGCUCAGUCCUAAAUUGGAGCUAUGUUGCAGGCCGCCACAAUGCGACGAUGCUUCAGUUAUUCCGUCAUCCUCAAAAGCGCCAAAUUUCAUCAAUCAAGUUUCCUUCAAAUCACACGAGCUGGACUUUGCAUUGCGCGACCUUUCGAACCUCGAAACGCCUACUUGUAAUAUCCCAGAGCUUAAAGCUACCACUGUGUCCCUAAUCGGGGCCGGAUCGACAGAGGUCGUCGCCUACGCAGGAUUAAGGCGAAAUCUCAAAGGACGGAUGAGCGGCCGCUCGUCCUACAUACGCUUUCCUUACGGAGGCAUAUAUCAAGAGGUCUACCCGGUUGUCUUCGAAUCUGGCAUCCAGGUUGGAGAUUCGGGCAUUAUGGUACGAGACGCUGGAAGCGGGAAGAUCUACGGCCAUAUUGUCGUUGCAAGCAUUGCGAGCAGGACGGCGUUCAUCGUUCCCGCAACAAAAGUUUUGCAGGAGAUCCCCUGGUUGCCACCAGUUGCUUCGCCAAUCUACAUUCGCCUGGAUUACGACUCAGGCCGUUUCCGCCUUGUUCGACUGCUGCCUGCAAGCUCAUCUGACGACGGCAUUUGUUGCGAACUCUCACUUGCAUGUCUGAGACCGACCGAAAUACGAAGUCCCGUCGUACGUGCGGCAGGAGCAAGAAGACCUCAGGCCGAUACUUCUCAAUGGCCAGCCGUGGAGUGCGGGAAUUGGUAUCGCAGCUGCGUUACGGAGACUGAGGUACGAAAGCACAGAUAG